GUCAGAUUGAGAAGCAGCUAUUUGAGGAGACUGUGAAGACUUUAAACACUUUUUACAUAGAAGCGGAGAAGAUUGGGGGCAGCUCAUACUUGGAGGGCUGCUUAGCUUGUGCCACAGCCUAUUUCAUUUUUCUGUGCAUGGAAACGCAUUAUGAAAAGGUUAGUCUAUAGUGUGUGUUUUAUUUGCAAACCUACAAAGAACACAGUACUUGGGGAAUAAAAGAAAAAUGUUUAAACUAUGAAAAAUAAAUCCUUCACACCCAAAGAAAAGGAGAUUUGUCUUAUUUAAAGAUUGUUUACUGAAGUCAAAGGGGAUUAACAUGUUCUCAUAUUUUCAAGUAUAUCAAUACAGAAACAACCAAUGCAAACUUUCCCAGUAUAGACCUUAUAUUGCCAUUCAGUGUAACUGCAUGCCCCAUGCCUCUUUGAAUUACUUAAAAGGAAGUUAUUGAUGGGAAAUUGGUUAUAUUUUGACUCUUUACUAAGAGAGAGUUGGCCUGUAUAAAAUAGGAUUUGAAUUUCCAAAGAGUCACCAUAUCUCAGUCCAACAUUACUUCUUUGAACUCUGUCCAACAUUGACACAACUAAACUUUUGAGAGCAAGACUGAGUCGCACGUCAGGCUUGGUAUUUUACAUUAUUAUCUGUCUAUUUCUUGGUGAGCUGGUUUAAUCCUCCCUUUAAAUGCUUGGGAAAGGUUGUUUCAACAUGCAGCCACUCAGCAGGCUGCGCUUUGGGGGAAUAAUUGCCCAAUCUUUUUAUAUCACACUGUCAAUCUGGGCAUUUUUCCAAAGCAAACUCGACCUUUGUAAGCUGAAAAUUAAUUUCCCAGCAGAUCCUGUUCCCAAUCCAGCCCCAGUUGACACUGAGAAAGGAUACUCUGUGAUACGGAAUCUUGGUCUUUCACUAUUUUAUUACACAAGUUUUUACAUUUGUAUAUCACAUUUUUAAGGUUUUAGGCACAAUAGAAGCUGAAUUGUAUUGUAUAAAUGCUGCAAGUCACCUAAAUGAUAAAUGAAACUUGUUUGUGAGAACUUUAAGUUUUUAGCCUCAAUUUAAAAUAUAAAACAGAUGUAAAUGCAAAGUGUUUCUCCAGUAAGAGGAAAGUGAUUUCACAAUGAAAUAUUAUGAAUGGCUAGCCUCCGUCUAGGUUACAAUCCAUUAUACAAAAAAAACCCACAAAAUUGGGUAGCAGGAAAUGAAUUUGCUGUUCUUUUGUCUGAUUACUACUGCCUUAUCUUGCCCCCCAAAAAUCCCUUUUGAUGACUAUUUUUGUAAUUCCAUCACAUAGAAACAAGAUAUAAAAGUCACUUACUUUGGAGUGGACUGGCAACUCACAGAGUCCCUGGGCAAUAGGUAACCAACAUAACACAUGUACAAGUACCCCCCAUGUACUAACACCAUAUACCUCCAUUGGUUUGUCAUCAGCACGCAUAGCAUGCUGGUAGCAGACUAACACCCAAUAUGUACAGAUUUAACAUUGGCCAGUCCAGAACUCUUGUUUUGCUUAGGCUAAUGAUGCAGCCAAAGGUGGACUUACACCUUCUGCAGCAAAUUUCUUUAACUCUGCACGUGCAGCGUUUCAGACUGCUUUGAUGUACAUACAGACUCCAAGCACCAUAACCACUGAAGUGGUCAUGAUAGUUGGAAUCUGUCUCUUUAAGCUGUCUGCAAAAUUUGGGAAGUGUGCCCCUACUCAUGUCAAAAAAAGCACACACAGUGAAGCUUCUCCCUGGGAUCCAGUAGGUCUCCCAGGACCACUAUGCUCUUCUUGUAGUGAUACUGGGGUCAGGGUGAUGUCACAUCCUUGUUCCUGGCAUCACUGUAGACCAUGAGGGGAAGCUGUGCAAGAAGAGCACAGUGUGAACCCACGCAGUAGGCAGGUACCUGCUCUGCCUUAGUGAAAAUGCAUGAGAAACUGCACUACAUAAGCUGCCAGGUCCCCUCACAGUUUUGGGUCCUUGGUCUGUGAUUGACUAAUUAGCUGAGCAGACUGCUCUUGUCCUGCUAUAUAAGCAUGAUCCAUCCGAGAUCUAGGUGCUGUAAAACUGACUUGAGGGUCAUCCAUGCCAGAAUUCCAUGCAUCUGAUAUGUUACCCAUUCUUUUCUUUUAUAUAUUUUAAUCGUGUUUGUAUUGUUUUUAUAUUAUGUUGAACCAAAAAAACACUGGCAUAGAUUUAUCAAAAUGCUCUGUUAAAAAAGUUGUCUAAAGUGCAAAACCUGGUGGCAAAUACCAUGGAUAACAAUGGAAUUGGCAGGUGCAUUCAAUUCUUGCUCCUGUCCUUCUAGAUUUUUGCACUACUUUUUAGAGAAGGGUACUUUGAUAAAAUCUCCUGUAUAUGGUGCAUUACGGAUGUUCGUUUGUGUUUGUUUUAAAUAAGUGUCAUCUCUUAGUAAUUUCAAAUGUUCAUUUCAUAUAUGACAACUACUGAUUUUAUGUUUCUAUGCUGACACAAUGGGAUACUUUUUGAAUUAAAAUAAUUAAAGUAGUUUUCUCUGAAACUUUGCAUUUAUAUUAAAAAAGAAACAAACUACAAAAAAAAAAAAUCUUUAACUGAAGAAUUAGCAGAGAGUUCCAAAUAGUAGGAAGAGCACAUGAUAUAUCACAUCAGUCAAAUGUCCAAUACUUGGGGUUUAGAGAAUACAUUUCUGCAACUCUUAUAACAUUAUAGGCAACAUUGUAAAAUACACUAAAGCCUACUAUAUAAGUCUGUUAUUUAAUUGUUGAAUAUUUUGCAAUCACACAUAAAUAUAUUUUUGUUAAAUAAAAGCUUAGUUUGUUUUUUCUUUAAAUAUAUUUAAACUGGAAAACACUUUAAUUUACUUUUUUUCUGUGUGAACUAAAAUUCCUGCUCCUUUAAUUUGGGAGAAAAAAGGUUUUGUGUGUCAUUUUUCUUUUUAUUUUGUUAAUUGGCACAGUGUGUGUCCAACUUUACAUCCUGCGGUGCUUGAGUCUUAUCAUAGGGCUCCCAUAAGCCCAUUAAUAGAAUGAUGGCAAUGGUUCUCUACAGUGAAGUGCAUUGGUUACCACACAAUCUGGAUGUGUUCCCAGUCCCAGAGUACAAUGGAUUGAAGCUAGGAAUUGGGUAGUUAAAUAAGUGGCAUUGCUGUAAUGUUCCUCCAUUGUGACAUUCCAGGCCUUCUCGUACCUUAAAAGGCCAAAGGAGAAAAAAAAAAAAAAAAAAAAAGCACACACACAAAAACAUACAAUGCUUCUGAAAAGACCUUGCAAUCAACAAUACAAGGUUGGAAAUCUUCUCUUUUCUGGAAAAUUGGUUGUUUUGCUGGGUUUUGUUCUGUUUUGUAGUAAUGUGGAUCUCAGGUGAAUUCCACAUUUAAUGGUCUUUCUCUAAAUAGGACACUAAUUAUAAGCAUUGUUUUCAUUCAGUCUUGCAACAAUAAUCAGUGUUUAUUUUCCCAUUUUAAGGUGUUAAAGAAGAUUUCAAAAUAUAUCCAGGAGCAGAAUGAGAAGAUAUAUGCCCCCAGAGGCUUAUUAAUUACCGAUCCUGUUGAGCGUGGGAUGCGUGUUGUAUCCUUUUUCUUUUGUAUUUAUUUUUCGUUAUCUUCUUGUCUAAAAUGUUUUAUUGCAAAAUCCUUUCUAAUCUGAAUUUGCAUACCAAAAAAACGUGCAGAGAAAAAAAUAUAGAACCUUGUGAAAACACAUUUUACUGCCAGAUAAAUAAUCACAGCUCUAUUCUAUCAGACUACAUUGGUUAUCCUUUUAAUAAUGCGAGAAAGUAGGUUACACUUUGCUUGUGUUAUUCCCCAGAUACUGAAUGGGUUCCAUACAUUUUAUAUUGUUUGUAAGUCUAAGUAAAAGGAUAGGACUCACCCUAUGGACCAGAAUCGUAGGUGUCACAGGCAUCUACAAUUUAAUUCAAGUAGUAUUCACAGUAAAAUUGUAUUCUAGAAGUACACCAAAUGUAGCAUUCCUAUGUUUAAAGAGUACAUUUUUUUUUUUAAUUGUGGCUUUUUAAUGUCCAUUUUGUUACUGUAUUUUUUUUUUUUUGCCUUAUUGGGUAUAUAGCAAUAUUGAGUGUGUUUAUUUCUUGGAAUCAUUACUGUAACGGAUCACCUGGCACCCCGACUGGGUACCUCCAUUAAAGGAUGCUCCUAGCAUUUCCUGAGGACUCCAAGCACUCUGGCAGACACCACAAUCACCGAACCGGAGAAGCGUAUACCUUCUCUCAAGCAUCUGAAUGCUAUAAACAGCUGAAUAGGCUAAAACCAUACGGAUGGGUUUAGACUCCUAGCAGUCGAACUGGAACAGCAUACAAAAAUCCCCCCAAGAAUGAGACAAAGCUCCAUGUUGAGGGUCAAGCAGUGAACAGACUGGACUGGCACAUACAGCCUCUUUUAUUCCCAAUCCACAAACUUAGUACUGCCCACAGGGUUUUACAUAACAACCAAUAACACACGUACAUUACAGAACAACACUCCCACACAAAAUCCUCCCCUCUGGCUGUGAUAUGAUCACUGAACACAAUGGUUAAUCUAAUUAUCACAGCCAGAGAAAUACAGUUUUUCCACAUUAUUCAUAACUUGAAAAGUAUGCAUCACAUUCACAUAAAACUUACAUUUUCAGAAUCAGCAUACUCAAAAUACAAACAUAUGUCAAAUCAUACAUAUUGGUCCAGUGGUUCAAAAGUUAAGGAAAAGUCCUAUUUGACCAAAUGCAGCAUGGCUUUUCUGCCCAAAAUCAGUUACACAGAGUCUUAUAUCCUGGAGAUAAUUGGGGAAGUAAUCCAAUUAUCUCCAGGACAGAGGCAAAGCUCCAUUAGCCACAUGGCAGCAAAAGACAAUAAAACACAUAAAAACAUAUAACUGUGCAGCCAUUGCACAAAACAGGUACAUUCAACAUAUCCCCGGAUAGCUCAGAUCUGAGCGCACAUUAUUACUGAAUGGCGCUCAGAGCACACACAUACAGUUCAAUUGCCAUGGAGCCAAAGUCUUUCCCAUAGUCUUUCAUUAUACAAAUGGGCUCCAUGGCAUAGCUAUCUGGGUAACAUUGCUCACAUAGGGAAAGUACCGAAAGACCCAGCUUUUGGGUCUUUGCAGGGGAAAAUCCAUCCUUUCAACAUGGGGCCAUAGUCACAGGGCAGGAGGCCGGCAAUCAGUCUUCUCCAAUGCCCAGUGGCGAGGCUGGUUCCGCCACAAUUACCAUCAGUAUCAUUAAAGCGGACAUUAUAACAGUGAUUUAUUAAGUCAGUGUCAAGGAAAGUUGCAUGCCAAGGUCUAAAAAUGAACCAUAUUUAUAUAGUAUGUUAGGUUGACCAUAUAUUCAAAACCAUCACCCUCAACCUUUUUUGAACUCUUUAUUUAGUGAUUGUCUGUAGAAAUGGACAUUAAAAAUGGACAAUUUUACACAUGCUUCCUCUUGUCUCAUAACCUAUAGAUUGCUAAUUAGCUGUCUAGCUUAGUUCUUUGUAUAAAAAAGCUGUAAAUGCUAGGUCUCAGCUUUUCAGUAGAGUCCUCUGUUACUUUUGUAUCGGUUUGUUUAUACUGUACCAUCUUUUUUCCAAUUGUACAGUGCUUUGGGAUAUAUUGGCACUUUAUAAAUAUCAGUAGUGAUAGCAGUAAUAAUAAUAAUGACCUACCAUAUAUACAAGGUUCACAGUAAAUGUUUCAACAUAAAGUAUGGCCACAGUAAAAAAAAUUAUAUAUCAUAAAUACGCAUGUAUGUAUAAAUAGUUUUAAAAUAGAAGACCCCUUAUGCCAUUCUUUGGAACAUGCUUUGUUUAUAUCUGCAGUAAGAUGUGCUACAGAUCAAACGAUCAAACAUUUUUAACCCUCUAAAGCACAGUAGUCAUACAAGUCAGUCCCUGUCAUCCCCAGGAAUGUCAACCAGGACCAGCCAAGCUUAGAGAACAAAAUUCCUCGGAGUCCAAGAAUCAGCGGAGCUGAGAAGCAUUAUUCAGUCACCUUAUCACUCAAUUAUCUAACCAAGAGAGGAUUAAUUUGCUAAAUCUGAUAAAACAGAGAGAUUUAUGUGCUUUUAUUCAUUCUUGUUGACUCAAAAAAACUAAAGGAAAAUCUAUAAACUUUCAAAAUACAUAAGUACAAAAUGAUACUAGUGAUGGUAAAAGUUGUUUGGUCUACGUCCAUACAUUUACAGUUCAGGAAAUUGUUCACUCUGGGGUGUGUGUGUGUAUAGUUCAUAUAGUUGGUUACCAUUUUAAUAUUUAUUUUUUCAAUCUCAUUAUGCUCUUUCCUUAUAAUCCUCCUAAGAUUGAAAUUUCGAUUUAUGAGGACCGAUGCAGCAGUGGAAGCAGCAGCAGUGGGAGCUCAAGCAGCACCAGCAGUGGAGGUGGCGGAGGUGUGGCUAGUCGUGCCCGAUGACUGGCAGAGAGUCCCUGUGGGGACCUGUACUGCCGAGAUGAUGGCCUCUCUGAAAUACGGAGACUGAGAUAUCAGAGCACAAGGUUUUAACACUAGGCUGUAACUUCAUUUUUCCAGUGGAACCUGGUAGGAUUAUUCAUCUGGUGCAAAAUUAAUAACUAAACUGAGCCAUCUGCCAAAUCUAGUCAACAAGAAAAAAAAACACUAAUCUAGAUUUCUUCAAACUUGAUUUAUUAUUUAUUUUUAUUUUUUUGGAUGCAAUUUACAGACAAUGCACUAAAAGCUACCAAGUAUUAGAAGACUUUUUUUUGCAAUAUACAUAAAGACAUUGCUUCUAUUACAAGGUCUUUAUGUUUCCUCUUGGUCAUGCAAUUAAACAUUGAAGACCUAUUUUUCAAACAAAAUUCAGUUUUCAUCACCUCAGAAUCUUCAUGGUCAACCAAAUAUAACAGGUAACAAUUUAAUACAUUAAAAAAAAUAUGGCUUCCAACAUACUCUUCCACUACUGAUUCUUAAAGCUUGACAAUGAAAAUUUGAACUGGUAUUUUAAGUUCUAGCACGUUCUUCCAAGUUCACCCAUAGGAUCAUUAAAAGCAUUCCUUAGACAUCAGAAUUCCGUGGAUCUGAAGUUGUGAAAGCAAUAGGAAUUAUUCCCAACAUGUUGCAAAUCCUACUGAGUUUGCACUUUAGGAGGCAAAAAAAUAUAAAUUUGAGUCAAUCUAUUGACUCUAAAACUAAACAAUUUUUAGCUUCAACUGAAUUAACUUAAAAUUUAAAAAAUCUACAAUAUAGUUUGCAACAAAAUCUUCAC